CCAACAUACACAGUACAGGUGGACGUGCAGCUGUGACCGAUUUGAGCAAAGACGUGAUUUUAAGAUAAAAAAAAAAUUAAAUGUCGCCUUGACCGUUCAUUCUCCAUCUUCGGGUGGGAUCUAUUAUCUAUUACGAACCACUGUGGACGGCACCCAUCAGUAUGAACCUGGGAGAAGGUUUGCUGUUUGAGCUGGAAAAUGGGAAACCCAAACUGAUCUUUCUGAAUCAUGAAGAAAAAUUUCAGAAGAAUCCAGUGAAGCCAAGGCCCCGACUGCCUAGUGUCUUGAGCUGUAGACAGCCCUCGAGAUUGGCUACGCGUAAGGAGGAGCAGCCAAUCAGAAAACAGAAUCUACUGAAUGGGAGAAGCCACCAGAAUAAACCAGGAAGAGGAGAGGCCAUCGUCAGAGGCUGGGGCCAAACUGUGACAACUGCAAAAACUCAAGAGAAUACUGCGCUGGGAAAACAAGUUAAAACUAAUGCCAAGGUGAAAGCAGCUAAACCCCAAAAUGUGACACCAGACAGAAAACCAGAGGAGCCCAAGAAGAAGGUUGGGCUAAAAGUUGCACCGUACAGGCAGAGCACAUCGCUGCAGGAGAAUGAGGCGUGUCUGACCAAUGAGCAGCUUCAACAUAUUCUUAAUGUGGUCCAGACAAACAACUAUCCCCCAAACACAGAAGAAAACCAAGCAGAGUGUGUCCCAGAGUCUAUAGCGAGUGAAACGAAGGGUCCAGAGGAAAUAAGGGAAAAAAAUGAAAUUGAAACUGAAACUGGAAAUGCACCAAACAAGGACAAAAGAUCCAGAGGUCUGUUGAGUUGGGUGGAGGAGCGGCCAUCUGAGGAUAGAGCUGUGCUGGAUGCAAAAAAAGCUCAGUGGAAGAAAGAACUGGAUGAACAAUUGGCAUUGAAGCAGAAGAUCCAGCGGUUGGCUCCACUCAGACUCCAGGGGGAGGAUGACACAGAGAGUUUGGUCUCGGUCCAAAGCUCUAUCAGUUACAAAGAUUUACCAGCCGCCAUCAGGUCCAGCCUCAGAGUCGGGGAGUUUGCUCCGAUGGACGAGGUGGAGCUGACACAGGAGCAGAGGCAGGAGCAGAGAAGACUUUGGCUUCAGGAGCUGGACAAACAACGAGCGGAAAGUUCAGAGAGAAAACGCCUCGAAAAACUACAACAACAACAAACAGAGGACCUGCACCUGUGGGCGUGUCACUUUGACUCCUUCCACAGACCCCCCCUGGCUCCUCCCCCCUGCUCUCAUGCUCCUCCCCCCUGCACACUGCCCCCGCCCCCUUGCCCCAGCGCAGACAGAGGUGAGAUGGACCGCUGCUCCAGUCUGUCCCAGUGGGAGGAGGUCAAUGUCAGAGCCAAUGUGGAGACAAACAGCAGAGGGGGACACACCAACAGCGCCAGUCACCUCCGGACCAUGACGUCUCUGUUGGAUCCGGCUGAAAUCGAGGAGAGAGAGUGCCGCAGACUCAAGCAGCUGGAACAACAGCAAGCAAUUGAGCUGCAGGUGGAGGAGCGCCGUCGCCGUAGAGAGGAGGAGGAGUCACAGAGGAAACGGGAAGAAGAGGAGGAGGAGCGAAGAGUGGAGCAGGAGAGAGAGCGACUGCAGAGACAGUACGAGAAAGAGAGACAGCGAGAGAGGAACAAGGAGCAGAGUCCAGAGAUGGGCCCAUUGGUCACAAACAGCUCUGAGCCUGAAGUACAGUCCAACACAGCGGCCAAUCAGGAUACAAGUCCGGAGCAGGAGGCAGAAUUAACAGCUGUCAAUCAUCACAGAGACACAGCAGUUCAAACGGAGGAGGUGCACAUUUCUGAGUCCUUGGAUUCAGGCUCCUGUGGUCUGGUCUCUGGUCCGGUCCCUGGUCUGGUUCCAGGUCCGAUCUCAGGUCCUGUCUCUGGUCUGAACGCCGUAGUCCAGGCUCAAGUCCAGCAGAUGUUACACAGAGAUUUUGGGGCAGAGGCGUAUGAGCCAUUCACCAGGACGGAGCGCCCCAAAAAAUACGAGAAGAGACCAGAGUGGAAUACACAGAGACCGAAUAGGAAGUUCGUGCCUGCCUCUCAGCGUUACCCAGAGGAGCUGCAGCGUCAGAGACAGGAGAGCCGUCUGAGGAGGCAGGCGCAGCUCCUGUCACUGCAGAGGAAUCCAACUAGCAACCCACACAACAAUAAUGCAACCAGCAGAAACCCAGCCAAUAGCCAAAACGUGCCUCCAAGCCUCAGCCCCACAGAGCAGAGUGGACCAAAGGAGACCAGACAGACCAGCCGGUUCAAGAUGGUUGGACAGCCCACAGAUAAGGGGCGCUCUCCACUCCACAUUGACUCUCCAGCUCCAGAUUUUCUCCCUUAUGUUCGAACAGAUGAAGUGUUUAACCUGAGACCAGUGGAAACGCAGCAUCAGCACUCACUACACACAGCUCCAGCUCUUCGGCUUCUGCAGAAAACCCAGAGAAAAGAAGAAAUCCUCAGAGGACUGGCGCAGCUCAGACAGGGUUUGCUCCAGAAACAGCGUGAGCUUGAGUUGGACCUGAGCCGCAGUAUGUUUGACGGCAAACUACCGAUGUGAACUAUGACCCCUGGAUCCGUGGAUCUCACUUCCUUUUUCCUUCAGCAGCACUUUGAGGCAGAGACCACUGUCUGUAUUUAUUGAAAUUUGAUUGUAAUAAACUUUGAACUGGC